AUGGCAAAGUCCUUGCUGCUACAGGUACACUUUACCGAUAUCUUGUGGGUAUACUCCAGAGAGAGUAUUUCCGAUUUGGAGGAAUUAGCCAAAUCCCAUUGGACUUCAGGUUAUAUGAAUACUUUGUACUAUGUCUGUGGUGCGUUGUAUUCAUAUUCGCCUGUUCCAAAUAUUACAGUGAAGCAACUGAAAAAGGUUGAUGAUUAUUGCAACCGCCAACCAAUUGUGGAUUAUCAGCUCUAUCCACUGACAACUGCGGUAAUGCAUCAUCCACCAAGCUGCUACCGCUACACAGAUCGCCAUGGGAAGCAAGUAACCACCGGAACCUUUUGGAAACCCUUGGAGCUGUUUAUGCGCACCUACAACUUCGAUAGCAUUGAAUAUCCCCAUAAAUAUAAAUCGUUUGACUACGAGGUUUUGGCUAAACUAACUGACAACAAUACCAUUGACAUUCUUCCAAGCACUCUCUAUUUGUGGGAACAUUUGACACGCAGUAAGGUAUUAGGCAACCGUCACUUUCGUUUAUUGGUACCUUCACCACAACCAGUCGAAGAAGAGGCUUAUAUAAGCAUAGCCUUCACUAAACAAUUAUGGAUUUUUAAUUUCGCUCUUAUAUUUGCAGUUUCGGUGACGCUUAACCUUUCUUCGCGAGGAAAUGAUCAACAGACUAUGGGGUUUAUCAAGUCAUGGUUAUAUGUUCAUGGCAGUUUUUUCUAUCAAUGCCAUUUCAGAGUUAAAGCAAAAACUGGAAUGUCGAAAUUAAUUGUGAUGUCUUUAAUGUGCUAUGGCUGCAUUUUAGUGGGUUUUUAUCAGGGACGACUUUCAAGUAUCUUGACCAUUAACAUCUGCGAACCAAAAAUAGAAACACUGGAGGAUUUGAAAUCAACCAAUCUUCUCUACAUAGAUAGCAAAUUCAAUAAAUGCUAUCUUGAGAGAUGGGCAAAUGAUUUAGAAUUUAUCUUGAAACGUCUCAAGGUGGUCGACGUAGACUUACUCUACUUGGCUCGUCGCAAUCUAAACACAUCCAUAGUUCACGGAGGAUUGGAACAUACACUGAACUACUAUCUAUUUCAACAGCGGUACUUACGCUAUCCCUUGACACAUAUGCUCGAUGCUGUUAUCUAUACGACCCCAGUGUCUUUCACAGUGCGCUCAAAUUUGUCCUACAUACAGCAAUUCAAUCGCUUCUUGGGCCACUUUAUGUCAUCUGGAUUGAGGGAUAAAGUGGAAGAUGGCUCUUGGUGGGAAGGAAUUUAUAGUGGGGAAAUACGUUUUUUCACCAAUAACGGCGAUGACAGGAGGGGAUUUUUAAAAUUCGAUUUUUUUAAAACUCCCCUUUUCAUAUUGUUCGCUGGAAUGGCAUUGUCCAGUGUGUUAUUUUUGUGCGAAAAUAUUUAUUUUAGACGUCAUAAAUUAUUUGCGCUUAUGGCGCGUUGGAAAAACAAUUCGAAAAAUUGA